AUGGUGACCUGCGAGGUAAGGUUACCAGAGUAUCAAAACCCAUGUGUGGUUUCUUUUGUGUAUGCCUCAAAUGAAGCUGUGGUUAGGAGAGCUUUAUGGGCGGACAUCAUUGCGUUGUCUUCGGACCAAAGAGUUAGGGGAAAAAGCUGGAUAUUGCUAGGAGAUUUUAACCAGGUUCUUAGGCCUAGUGAACACUAUCCAGCUCCUUCUCUUAAUGUCAACAGAGCAAGCAGGGAGCUAAAUGAUUGCCUCUUAGAUGCUGCUUUGUCUGACCUUACUUUCAGGGGAUGCUCUUUCACUUGGUGGAAUAGGAGAAGCACUGGUGCAGUGGCCAAAAAGCUCGACAGAGUUCUUGUAAAUGAUCAGUGGGAUUUGGAUUUCCCAUCAGCUUUUGCUAAUUUUGGUGAACCUUCCUUCUCCGAUCAUGCGUCUUGUGAGGUGUCCCUGCAACAUGUUAUUCAGAGAGCAAAGAAGCCUUUUAAGUUUUUUAACUUCCUUCUGCAAAACAACGACUUUGUCCCGAUGAUUGCCAAUCAGUGGUUCUCUCUUAAUGUUGUGGGAUCGGAUAUGUUUAGGCUGUCUAAGAAGUUGAAAGCUCUGAAAAACCCAAUAAGAACUUUCACUAAAUCCAACUUCUCCGACCUAGAAAAAAGAACUGCGGAAGCACAUGAAGAGGUAAUCCAUGCUCAGAGCUUAUUAUUAUCUAAUCCGUCCAGUUCUCUUGCAGAGAGAGAAAUUGAGGCAACGAGAAAAUGGCAUAUAUUGGUCAAAGCUGAGGAAGCGUUUCUCCAACAGAAAUCUCGUGUUUCAUGGCUCAGAGAAGGUGACUCCAACUCGGCUUACUUUCACAGAAUGGUAGCUACAAGAACCUCGAUCAAUCAUAUCCACUACCUCCAGGAUUCAGCGGGCACCAGAUUUGAUUCCCAGCCUGAAAUUCAAGGUCAUUGUGUAGAUUACUUCGCUGAGUUGCUCGGCGGUGUAGUGAGCCAGUCCUUGUUUCUCCAAGAGGAUAUAUCAGCUCUGUUAGCUUCAGACUGUUCACUCGAGCAAAAUGCAAUGUUGAUAAGUGAAUUUUCGAGCCAGAAAAUUAAAGAUGCUUUCUUCUCUCUCCCUAGAAACAAGACUUGCGGACCUGAUGGGUUUACUGCAGAAUUCUUUAUAAGCUGUUGGAACUUUAUCGGGCCAGAAGUGAUCGCAGCAGUAAAAGAGUUCUUUAGAUCAGGCAAGAUCCUUAAGCAGUGGAAUGCAACAUCGCUGGUAUUAAUUCCAAAAGUGACCAACGCUGUUUCCACCAAGGACUUUCGACCAAUCUCCUGUCUUAACACGGUGUAUAAGGUAAUAUCCAAGCUGUUGGCGUCGAGAUUGCAACAGGUUCUCUCUUCAGUUAUCUCUCAUUCUCAGUCUGCGUUUAUGCCGGGAAGACUUCUUGCUGAAAAUGUGUUGCUUGCCACGGAAAUUGUUCACGGCUAUAAUCGGAGAAACAUAGACCCAAGGGCAAUGCUCAAAGUUGACUUGAGAAAAGCUUUUGACACUGUGCGCUGGGACUUUGUGGAGGCUACUCUGAAGGGUUUACACUUACCUCAGAAAUUCAUAGACUGGAUCCUAGAAUGUAUUUCAACGCCAACCUUCUCUGUGGUGGUUAAUGGUCAGUCUAGUGGGUUUUUUAAAAGUACAAAGGGGUUGAGGCAAGGAGAUUCUCUCUCACCGUAUCUAUUUGUGCUAACCAUGGAGGUUUUCUCUCGGUUGCUCAAAUCGCGCUUUGAUUCAGACUAUAUUGUUCAUCACCCGAGGACUUCAGAAUUAAAAAUCUCGCACCUCAUGUUUGCCGACGAUGUAAUGAUUUUCUUUGAUGGUAGCAGCUCAUCUCUACACGGCAUUUCAGAAACUCUUGAUGACUUUUCCAGCUGGUCAGGUCUUUGUAUGAAUCAAGAGAAAACGCAUCUUUACCAUGCGGGUCUGGACCACAUGGAGGCCGCUGCUAUAACCAGCUAUGGCUUCCCAAUUGGCUCUUUCCCUAUAAGGUAUCUGGGAUUGCCCCUUAUGCAUCGAAAACUCAAAAUAAGUGAAUAUUCUCCUCUCCUAGAUAAGCUACCCGGAAGGUUCAAGUCUUGGGCUGUGCGCUCCUUAUCUUUUGCAGGGAGGCUGCAACUGAUUUCUUCUGUAGUCUCUGGAACCGUAAACUUUUGGAUUACAACUUUUAUGCUGCCAAAAGGUUGUAUCAAAAAGAUUGAAUCAAUGUGCAACAGGUUCCUAUGGUCAGGAGCCAUUGAAGGUCCCUGUCUCACGAAAGUCUCUUGGUCAUCGGUGUGCUUACCUAAGAAGGAAGGUGGUCUUGGCCUGAGAUGUUUCUCUGUGUGGAAUACAGCGCUUUGCCUCCGAUUUAUAUGGCUCAUGUUCUCCACCAGUGACUCCCUUUGGGUGGCUUGGCACAAGUUCCACUAUUUGCAAAGGAAAAGUUUUUGGGCUUUAGAAGAAAACCAGAGAGAUUCUUGGACUUGGAAAUCGCUUCUUAGGCUUAGACCAUUAGCUGAAAACUUCAUAAAGUGCAGAGUGGGAAAUGGUCGAACGGCGAGUUUUUGGUUUGAUACGUGGUCUCCUAUAGGACCAUUGAUCAAAGCUUUGGGUCAUGAUGGACCAAGAAACUUAAGAUUACCGUUAAAUGCAUUGGUGGCUGAGGCUUGUGACACUCAAGGUUGGACUCUACCAUCUCCUAGAUCAGAUGUGGCUCUUGAUCUUCAUGCGUUUUUGACAACGAUUUCAGUUCCAAAUACAAGCUUGGUCCCUGAUACAUAUGACUGGGUUGUGAAUGGGGUUAAUUGUAGAGGUUACUCUUCGAAGAUUACUUGGGAUUUCAUUAAACCCCGUGAAAAUGAAAAGGAUUGGUACAAGUCCAUCUGGUUCAAAGGGUCUACUCCGAAGCUUUCUUUCUUCAUGUGGGUUGCGCAGUUGAAUAGAUUACCAACAAGAAUGAGGCUGGCGUCUUGGGGACUGAAUGUACCUACGACUUGCUGUUUUUGCUCAACUGAAAACGAAACUAGAGAUCAUCUCCUGUUGCGGUGUGAUUUCAGUAAAGAGCUUUGGUCUGUGGUUCAUAGUAGACUUGGUUAUUUGAGCUUUUCUUUCCACUCGUGGUCUGAUUUAAUUGCUUGGAUGAAGGAAAACACUGAUCGUGCCCCUUGUACACUGAGAAAAUUGGUGGCGCAAGCGACGGUUUAUACACUCUGGAUUGAGCGUAACAAUCGAAUUUUCACGGGGGUAUCUUCUACUCCGGGUCAGAUUUUCAGAGUUCUUGACAGAUUGAUUAAAAAUUCCAUUACUGCUAGAAGAUCGCGUAACAGCUUCGGCAAUCUCAUGAUCUCCUGGCUUCAGUAA